AUGAAGGUCCAGACCGCCAUCCCUCUCCUCGUGGCUCUCGUCUCGGGAGCCCAGGCAGCCAGCACCACUGUCGUCUGGCAUGGAUGUGCCGGCGAGAGCCAGAAGACACAGUCAGACGGCGAUGGCUGCACCAACGUGAGCGGCUUCAAGACGGACAACCUGUGCAAGGUGGAAGUGCCGCCGCCUGGCAGCGACCGCUGCGAGUUCUACACCACCAUGUGCGGCAAUCCGUUCGGCACCACCUACCACUGCAACGCCGGACAGACCUGUGACACGUCGGCCUGGAGCGCCAUCGACUCGUACCGAUGCUACCAGUGA